AUUGCCAGAAACUCAGGCCGUCUUCAUAUCUGGUGUCUCGCCCAAUUACUCAUUCAAUCUCUUCAAUUACAUCACAAUUAUUUCUUCUAAUUAUAUCGAUACUUCCUCGAUCUCAAUUGUCGGCAAGGCCAGUGUUUUUUGGGCAAGCACGACGUUGAGAAAGCGUCGCGUCGACGAUUUGAUGGAUUUGAUGUGGUGGUGGGAGGUGUUUUGAUAUCAAACGGAAGGAGUUGUGUGGUGGUGUGCGUGGGACGAGCUUUCAACUUGACGUUUCUAGAAAAAAUUUGUAGCGUGAAAAGUCGUCCAGAGGGGCGGAAAUGGUCUCUUUUGACUCCGCAGAGUCUCUGGAGAGGCCCCUUGACCACCACCAGUGAACCCAAAGUGGGGAAAUGGGCGAGAACUACAAGUACACGCUGCUCGAGGAGCUGGCGAACGAUGGUGAGAAGCCGUUGCCACGUCGGAAAGCCAGCAAGCAGCAGAAUGAUCUGCAAUUCUCCUUCAUUUGCCUCCUGCUGUGCGUCAUCAUUCUCACGGUCUUCCUGGGAAUGUACACGGACUCCUUCCAUCCCAUCAUCGACGGGAUCGCCGUGCAGCUGGGCUACCAGGAGAAGCAAUUCGCCGUGAUCCUCGAUGCUGGCUCCACGGGCAGCCGCGUGCUGGCGUAUGAGUUCCACAAAGGAUACCUGGACGGCAGAUUAGUGUUAGACAAUGAGUUGUUUAAGCAACUCAAACCGGGCUUAUCGGCCUUUGCAGAGAAGCCAAAUGAGGGCGCCCAGCAGAUCGAGAAAUUGCUGCAAGAGGCGAAGAAUGUCAUACCGCAGACUUACUGGGCCACAACUCCGGUCGUGCUGAAAGCCACAGCGGGUCUCCGGUUGCUGGAUCCCGCGAAGGCCGAUGGACUGCUGAAAGCCGUGCGCAAGAUGUUCAGCAAGUCCGGCUUCCUGAUUGAGGACAACGCCGUGGAGAUUAUGGAGGGUGUGGAUGAGGGAAUCUUCUCAUGGUUCACGGUGAACUUCCUGCUGGGUCGAUUGAAUGGGAAGAACACCGUGGCGGCGCUGGAUCUCGGCGGCGGCAGCACUCAGGCCACCUUCGCGCCCAAAGAUCUCUCGCAGAACAUCUACGACGGCUACAUCCACACCGUACCCACGGCGGCGGAUCACGUGCAGGUCUUCACGCACAGCUACCUGAAUCUUGGCCUGCACGCAGUGCGUCACGCCGUCUUCAUGAGCGGACAGCCGGAGAAUCAGACCAGCAUCGAGAGCGAGUGCGUGAAUCCGAUUGUGCACAGCAAACUCUUCCGCUACGCGAACAAGGAGUUCCUCAUCAGCGGCCGGGACAACAAGAAGUCCACGGCGGACAAUCCGGAGGUGGACUUCGAGGCGUGCCUCGAGAAUGUCAAGAGCAAAGUUGUGCCACUGGUGAAACCGAAGCCCGUGACUCUGAAGCAGCAUCAAAUAGCGGCCUUCAGUUACUACUUUGAGCGCGCCAUCGAGACAGGAUUGGUUGAUCCAAAUCUGGGUGGUGAGAUAAAAGUGGGCGAUUUUUACACCAAAGCACGGGAAGUGUGUGCAAUUCCCAAUACAGAUCAGCCCUUCAUGUGUCUCGAUCUCACAUUCAUCUCAGUCCUGCUGCAGGACGGCUUUGGGCUGAAGCCUCAGGCGCAAAUUAAGCUGUACAAGAAGAUAGACAACCACGAAAUUUCAUGGGCACUCGGCUGUGCCUACAACAUCCUGUCCAAGCGGACAACGACUAAACAAUGAGACGAAAUGAUUCCCAGGGAUAAAAGGAGAUUGCCCAAAACGGGGCGUCUUUCAUAUCAACUCUUUCAAGGGCUUUAAAGACUAAAACAAACGAAACGUAGCGAGUAUGAAACUGAGAGAAAAAAAGGGACAGAAAUAGCAGUUAGUUGAGGAAGUGGAAGAAGAGUGCCUUAAGAAGUCCUUUUAUAAUCUGUUCUUAUUUGCCACAAAAAAAACCCACAAAAUGAUGAAAAUUGCCAGAAUAAUUGUUAAUUUUGUAGACAAAUUUAAACAUUCCCUUUCCCCUUGCGCGGUCUUUUAGUCAAGAUAAUGUUUAUUUCGAGAGAUGGAAAUAGUGGGAGAUAAAACCGGGAACAGACUUUUUAACACCAUAGUUGAUAAACAGAAAAUUUCCAUUGUCAUUUUUUUUGUUGAGAUAAGGAGAAAA